UGCCAUGUUGUGUGUGUAGUGCGGCUGUGCAGUGUGCGCCCCGGUCGGAGUGAUGCCGGAGGAUUGGGACAAGGACGUUUACCAACCGCCGGCCAGCCGGACCCCAGCAGUGGAGAAGCAAACUGGCCUGCCCAACCCGGCGGUUAUUAUCAGCAAGCUUUUCUACUACACGGUGGAUUUGCCAGUUACAACCUUCAGAGAAUGGGUGGAACGCCAGCAGGAAAAGAACAAAUUCUAUUACUACCAUCAGCAUUUCAGACGUGUGCCAGAUUUAACCGACUGCCAUUUGGGUGAUUACCUCUGCUACUAUGAGGCAGAGAUGCAGUGGAGAAGAGAUUACAAGGUUGAUCAGGAAAUUAUGAAAAUUCUUCAGGAACGUCUAAGGGCCUGUCAGCAGAGGGAAGGUAACAGCUAUGUACAGAAUUGUGCUAGGGAGCUGGAGCAGUUCAAGCAGGGAGCGAAAGGCUAUCAAUCAAGAUAUGGUGAUCUGGGGGCUUAUGGAAGUGCCAGACGAUGUCUAAUGAAACAGAAACAUCGAAUGAUUGAGGAGAGAGAAAAGGCAGCAUCUGAAGCCUAAGAUCACCACAAUCUACUGGAAAAAUUUUUUUGAUUAAGUUUGUGACAAACCUUCACCUAUAAUGUACAGUCUGAAUGUGGUUAAAUUGUGCAAAAUGCUGAAUUUCACAUGAUUGUGACUAAAAUACAUGGACCUGUUAAACAAUAAAUAAUGUAUAACCUG